UGAGUGAGGAAAUUGUACGACUACAUUAACACUUGAAGCUCAACUCCUCCUGUAUUCUGCAUUAAUAGUGCAAACCAGUUACUCCUGCUGAAAAUGACUGACCUGCAGAAAGGAAAUAUUAUGAUUUUUGGCAGUGGCCUUAUUGGUCGGAGUUGGGCAAUGGUAUUUGCCAGUGGUGGCUUCAGAGUGAAACUGUAUGACAUUGUGAAAGAGCAAGUAACAGCAGCUUUGGAAGAUAUACGAAAACAAAUGGAGGACCUGAAAAAAUCAGGGAUGCUACGAGGAACUCUGAGCGUUAAUGAACAAAUGGCAUUAAUCAGUGGUAGCAGUGACUUAAAGACAGCUCUAGAGGGCGCGGUAUUCAUUCAAGAGUGUGUUCCUGAGAGCCUGGAAUUAAAACAGAAGAUAUUUUCUGAAAUAGAUCUUCACGUUAAUGAUGCAACAAUAAUCAGUAGCUCAACAUCCUGUCUUUCACCUACAAAAAUGUUUAAUGGACUCAAACAUGUCAAGAACUGCAUAGUAGCACAUCCCGUCAAUCCUCCAUAUUACGUUCCUUUGGUUGAACUAGUUCCCCACCCGGAGACGGAUGUGGCCACAGUUGAAAAGACGUAUACAUUAAUGAAGAACAUUGGCCAGUCACCUGUGAAAUUAAUGAAAGAGACUGAUGGGUUUGUGUUGAAUCGACUGCAGUACGCAGUGAUCAGCGAGGCAUGGAGACUUGUUGAGGAUGAGGUGAUAUCACCCAGAGAUGUGGACAUUGUGAUGUCUGAAGGUCUUGGGAUGAGAUAUGCAUUCCUCGGUCCCCUGGAAACGGCACAUCUUAAUGCAGAAGGAUUCAAGAGUUACUGCGAACGCUACGGAGAAGGUAUAAAAAGGGUAUUGGGAACGUUCGGACCUGUGCCAGAGUUUUCUGGAAAAGUGGCAGAGAAAAUCGAUGAGGCACUGUGGGAUCAACAGAAUGAUAAAAAUGGUCAGCUUGAAGCACGGAGAGAAUGGAGAAACACGUGUCUGAGUCACCUGGCCAAACUUAAGAACGAAAUGAAGAAAAAUUAAUAUGCUUAUCUAUAAGUGAUAAUUAAGUAUAACAUUGCAGUUAUUUAAAAUGUUGUUUAAAACUCUCAUAAGGCUCAUCCUACAACCUGGGAUACUCAACCCACCUCUUAUGUCACAGGUGGACUGUUGACACCCUUCUAAAUAAAUAAUUCAAAUAUCACUAAAUACAUUACUAUGCACACUAAUUCUACCAACAGUGAUGGAACAUGAGGCUUUGCUGGAUAUAGUUAAAAGAAAAAAAAAAAGAAAAAAAAAACAUACUUCGCUUGCAAUGAUUGCCUAUUGUUCAUAGAAAUGAAUGUAUCUUUGUUGUAACCUAGUUUGCAGUACAUGAAUACAGUUACAGAAAUAUUGGGAAGAGCAAUUUAAUGAGGGCUGAUUAUCUAAUGUCAAACAUUUUCAAUUAAAGCUAAUGUGUCCAAUUAAAAAAUGUUAAUAUAGUGAAAACGGAAAAUGAA